UUCCGGCACCAGCCACAAGCCUUGGGGGAGCUGAAGGGAAUGAAACUGCUGGCUGCCUGCUUCAUGUACCUGCUGCUCACCUGUCUGGCCCUGCCCAAAGCCGAAUGCCGACUCCACGAGCGAUCCAUGGAAAUCAGGAACCCUGAUAUCGACCCUUCCUGGUACACAGGGCGUGGGAUCAGACCCGUGGGACGGUUUGGCCGGAGGAGAGCUGUCGUGGAGAGCUCCCGGAAGUCGGGCUAUGGACACAGGCAAGCUUGCUUCCCUCUAGAAGAAAGCAGUGACUCCCUUCAAGAUGAAUGAAAUGGCCAAGACAAAGAAUGAAUUUGAAUGAUGAUAAGAAAAGACCCUUCUCCUCUCUCCCUUCCACAUCCCAGCCUCUCUUCUAGGCACAUGAAAAUGUUUGGUCUCAUUUCAAUGUACAGUAUCUUUGUGGCUAUAAAUGAUAGAAACCAAAGAGCAGUUGAUAACUCCAGUAUUUUUGCAGACAAUUUCCCUCUCGUCUGUUUUUUCUUUUUCUCUCCCCUGUUCCCCAUUUGUCCCCAUCUCCGGCUUUUGCUCUCAAUCUAACAUGAUUUGUGCCAGAAAAUUGCUGGGGGAAAGAAAUACAAAUUCCCAUGUUAAUUAUCUUCCUAGAACAUGGGCUCUUUUAUACAAA